GUCUCGUUUGCCGCAUAUGCACAACAGGUGCGUACAGAACGGCGUCCCGUUGCCUUUCCUCCCACAGCCCAGCAUCACGGCCAGGCCCGGUCGAAAACGAGCCGCUUUUGUCGCGCUCCCAACGCCUGGCGUCAUGGCGUGUCUUCCCCACACCGCCCCACGCCCGGGCCAUGGCUCUCCCUCCAUAUAUAUAGCUUCCCUCGCCCUCCACCUCCCCGCCAGCCCGCCUGCGCCUAACCAACUCCCCAUCCAUUUCCGCUUCCACGUCCCGCCUAACGCUUUGCGUUCCCCGUGUGCAGUGCAGCCCUUGGCCCUUGCGUUGGCGCCUUUCCCCACGACCUCCACGCCAACAGGGCUAUGGAGCACGCGACGGCGGGUGGCUCGGUGUUCUUGGACGUGUACGGAGGGUGCGUUCCCGCAGCGGCGUGGAUCGAGACGACGGUGCUCAACGACUUCCCCCGCAGCGAGCUGACCUGCAACUACGGUUUCGAGACGAGGAAGCGGGCGCGCGUGGCGGUGGCGGAUGGUUUCUUGGAGGAUCAGCGCGUGGUACUGCCUCCGGCGGUGCCGCAGGGGCUUGUGUCCAUCUGCGACAUGCAGGGCAGGGCGGUGGGCUCCGGCACGGCGUCCACCAGCGGGAGGGUGGCCAAUGGCGCGAGCGUCUCCGGGGGCCUCUUGUCGCGGCUGUGCCACCAGGGCGUGGAGAUCGACGCGCUCAUAAGACUCGAGAGCGAGAGGAUGCGCGCGGGGCUGGAAGAGGCGCGGCGGAGGCACGCCCGGGCGCUGCUGGCCGCCGAGGAGCGCGCCGCGUCUGGGCGGCUGCGCGCGGCAGAGGCCGAGCUGGAGCGCGCGCUUCGCCGCAACACGGAGCUCGAGGAGAAGACCCGACAGAUGGGCGCGGAGUGCCUGGCGUGGAUGGGCGUGGCCAGGAGCCACGAGGCCGUCGCCGCCGGCCUCCGCACCACACUCGACAAGCUCCUCCAGUCGCCCAGCGCGGCGGCCGCCGCCGCGGCCGUCGGCGAAGGUGAGGCCGAGGACGCGCAGUCGUGCUGCUUCGAGGCGCCGACCGCGGCGGACGCCAACGACGACGCCGCGUUCAAGGCCAUGACAUCAUCGUGCAAGGCGUGCGGUGGCGGCGAGGCGUGCGUGCUGCUUCUCCCGUGCCGGCACAUGUGUCUGUGCCGCGCGUGCGAGGCGGCCGUGGGCACGUGCCCCGUCUGCGCGACAGCCAAGAACACCUCGCUCCAUGUCUUGCUCUCUUGAAGUCUACCGCGUUCAUCCAGGAGUAGAAGCCUGCCACAUUGAAGCCAAGGCCUUCCUGCUAUAGGGAUUCCCUUCGAGCAGGGCGCAUGCAUCACUUGAGCCGCGCCGUCAGCACUCAAAUCAGGCAAUGCACAAAUGAUCAGAAUCGCAUUCUGCAAAGGAGAUUCUAUUGGUACACCGACGCUUAUGUGAUAUGUCAACUUGUUCUUGCUACACCGACACCUGAACCUGCGCAACAAGGUACAUGGAGUUUGACAUCCCAAUCCCAAGGGGAAUCAUGCGUAGCUACUUCAGUUUACCGGACCGGCACAAAUGGAGUACAAGCAAGCGUUGUGGGACGAACAACAAUGUUCGUUGCGACAGGCAUCGUCGCUGCAUAAUUUUCUCAGCAGGCAUGGAUUCAUAUGGCCGGUGACCAGGAAAACAAGCUCCCUGUCCAGGGAGCUCUGAAGAUUGAGCAUCUCCGGCGUCUAAAUGUACAACUGCUGGUCGUGGAAUCAUGCAGAGCCCAUAUAUGUGAUACGGUCCCAGGUGCAGAUUGAGCUGUCUUCAGAUAAAUGGUUUACUGGAGGAGUUCAGCAGAGAAGAUUGACCGUAAGAGAUAUACCUUUGCAACCGAAGUGCUACUACGAGCAAAGUUUGGCAUGCUAGAGCGUUGAUCAAUCUGUCUGAACAAUCCCUUCCGGUGAUGUCAGACUACUGAAAAACAAUGGAUAUAUUACCUCUGAAGUCCCAAUUUCUGGGUAAAGCUCUGCCUUGCUAACGAUGCAAUGGACAGAGAAAAGAAGUGUUCCAAGGAGCAGGGGGUGAUGAUUGCGACUUGCGAGGAUCUAGAUGUUGCACACAAAAUGCCACACAAGUUCUGGAUAGUAAAAUGGCUAAAACUGCUGCAGAUAUGAGGCUUGCACAGACUAAUUUUCUUGGAAGUUAUUAGUAUACGGACAUUAGAGAAACUAUGCAAUCUCAAGACCUCACGAUUUCUCUCUUCUCCUCUGAAAUGUUAUUAUUCUACUCAAAGUCCAACGUAUAUCGCUUCAAGUUUCCGGCAUGUGCAAAUGAGGCAGCUUAACCCUAGUUACCUGGAGGCGGCAACAGGAUAGAUUGAUUGUAAACAACAAAUAAACAAUUGUUCUGAUUUCUUA